CCCAUACCGGUUAAAUUGCAUUUCUGCACCGUUAAAGUAAAAAAAGAAAAAAGACAUGGAUCUUUUUAGUGAAGUUUGUCUGAAUAGUGAUGACUCCGAAUACUUUAGUGAUUCCGACAGUGAUGUUUAUUUUCAAAAACCCUUUACUAAAAGUUAUUAUCAAUACUACCAACAUUCUCAGCCUCAAUUAGAACCCAUUGUCUUUGAGGAUUACAUACGAGAUAAAUGUCAAAAUAAAGUGAAAAUAUUAAAUCGUUCAACAUUUCGACAGAUUUCAAAACCUAUUAUAAUAUUUUUCAAUCAUUUUCGGGAAAAAUGUGAAUAUCAUACCAAAUGUUUGGAUAACUUCUAUCAACUAGCUUUAAAAUAUGCAGAUAAAAUUGAAAUUAUAGCAGCCGAUAUGUUGGAUAUAGACAUAAUCAAUUUAAAAUGGAACUCUAUACAAACUUUCAGCAAUCUAGUAAAUCCUCGAAGAGAAUCUCCUAAUAUAUACGCCAUUGAUCAACAGAAGCGUAUACAUCACUUUUUCAGUGUCCAUAGUACAUUAGAGGAACUAACAGCUUUAAGUGAAAAUCUCUUAAAUGAUCGCCUAUUUAAAUCGGAACCUAUACCUGAACCAAAUAACUCUAGUUUAGUUAAAAUUUGUGUGCAUGAUAACUUCAAAGAAUUGGUAGUGGAUUCUCCAAAACAUAUUUUGUUAAUAGUGAAUUUAGAUGAUUACGCCGAUAAAAAUCUUAAAUAUGAACCCAAUUAUGAACUGGUAGCGGAACAAUUAAAAUCGUUUAAUGUCGAUGUUGUUCAUAUAAAUAGUGAAAAGAAUUAUAUACCCUUCGAAUUGGGUAUAUUCUGUUAUCCCACUCUAUUGCUGAUACCUCAAAAUGAUAAAACCAAAUAUGUGGAUUUUCUUGAAGGGCCUAGAAAUGCAGAAAAUAUAGUUAAUUCCGUAAAAUCUUACCUUAAAGAUCCAGUAAGUUUUCUUCAGCAACAAGAUCGUAUAUGUAGAUACAAACCUUUAGUAAUUACACCCGAUUUUAAUAUGAACUUAGAAGAUUUGCCUCAAUAUUUACUGGAUAAUUGUCAUUACAAUAUGAACGUUUUUGACCGCAAAAAAUCAAUGAAAGACAAUCACUAUAUUAUAAUAGCAUUUAUGGACUUUUCAGGUGGUAAAUGUUCGCUCCGACAUCUUAAAUGGAUUGAUCAAAUUUAUCAAGUGGCCUCAAAUCUGUCUAGUCAUGGAAAAUAUUUUAUAGCAGACUACCAAGAUAUAGAUGUCAUAAAUCCGGAAUGGAAACCCCAAGACUUCAAACAAAAUAAAAAACCCACAAUAAUCGGUAUAGAUCGUAAGAAAAACAAAUUUCUAAUGAAGGAUUUUAAAACUACUGCCUCCCUGUUUUACUUCGUCUAUGAUUUAUACAGCGGAGAUUUAUAUUUUACAGAACCUUGGCCUAAUAUCUACGAUGGCAAGUUGGUUAAAACUUGUAUAGCAGAUAGUUUAAAUUUAUGUAUUUCCUCCAUUAAAAAGAAUAUAUUUUUAGCAAUUUAUUAUUCGAACACGGAAAGUUCUGAACAAUUUUUACAGCUUUUGGAAGAGGUUGCCGGAGAUGUGAAAAUGUUUUCGUUAAAAAUGAUAAAAAUUGAUGCUCGUUUAAAUUAUAUACCUUUGGAAAUGGACGAUAAAGAAUAUCCAAUUUUAUACUUUAUACCGAAGAAACAUAAAAAUCGACGUAUACGUUUAAGAAGUAACAACUUAAAGAAAGCAGGAAUUGUGGAUUUUAUUACUGUGAAUAUACAGAAGGCGGAAACAGAUAAAUUAAAGAAAUAAAAUGAAAGAUUAAAAUAAAUACAUAUGUCUUUUUAACUAGUAAAAUGUUAUCUAAAAUGUCAAAUUUUUAAAAUUGUUCUUUAAACAUAAGUUAGUUAGUUAGUGCCACUUAAUAUUUGAUAUUUUUCGCAGUGUAUGAAUUUCAUAAUAAAGCUUUAU